GCCAUGACAGCGUAGGCAGGCGGCGAGAGAUGGAUCGCUUCACUGAGUGCGGGACCCAGACGGACGCAGUGGUGGUGCUGUCCCUGGCGCAGGCUGCGGUUCUGGGCUUGGUGUCUGAGAAUGAGCUGCUUGGGGCCACUGUCAGUCCCUCCGGCUUCUUCCCAGGGCUGGGAGGGAAGCUGCCGGACCCUGCUGCGGUGGAGCCCGGGGAGCCGGAGGGCGAGGGGCAGGCACCAGGGGAUGGGCAGGAGGAGGAUGCCUUGGAGGCAGAGUCCUCCCUGGAGAAGCACGCCCGGAGGAGGAAGCGGCCUCCUGUGAGGCUGGUGCCCAAGGUCAAGUGCGAGAAGGCAGAGGUGGAGGAUGAGGUGCUGUACGAAGUGUCCGUCCCUGGGGACAAGGAGGGUGAGCGGCAGCACAGACACCUGCCCCCCCUCCAGGACCCCAGCCAGGAGCAGACGGUGCAGAGCAGUGCCAUGAAGAUGAUCGACCUCGGUGCCUUCAGCAGGAAGCCCCGGCGCCUGCGGCACCUGCGCCGGCACGUGCGCCAGGAGCUGGAGGCCACCGAGUGCCGCCUCGGGGGCCCUGACCCUGCCGGUGCAGCGGAUGGUGGCACCGUGGGGACCCUGCGGACCGAAUGCGCCUUUGAGGCGGGCGCCCCGUCCCCUGGAGAGGCAGAGGCCCCUGCACCAGCGUCCCCUGAGCAGGUGAAGAGCGAGCAGGGCUUCACCUGGCAGGAGCCGGGGGAGCUGGAUGCAGAGGCGGCGGGUGCCACCAGCGAGCGCAACAAGAAGGCGCAGCUGGACCGGCUGGACAUCAACGUGCAGAUCGAUGACUCCUACCUGGUGGAGGCAGGGGACCGCCAGAAGCGCUGGCAGUGCCGCAUGUGUGAGAAGUCCUACACCUCCAAGUACAACCUGGUGACCCACAUACUGGGCCACAAUGGCAUCAAGCCCCACUCCUGUCCGCACUGCAACAAGCUCUUCAAGCAGCCCAGCCACCUGCAGACCCACCUGCUGACCCACCAGGGCACGCGGCCCCACAAGUGCGAGGUGUGCAGUAAGGCCUUCACCCAGACCAGCCACCUGAAGCGGCACAUGCUGCUGCACACCGACAUCAAGCCCUACAGUUGCCGCUUCUGCGGCCGGGGCUUCGCCUACCCCAGUGAGCUGAAGGCGCACGAGGUGAAGCACGAGAGCGGCCGCUGCCAUGUCUGCGUGGAGUGUGGGCUGGACUUCUCCACGCUCACCCAGCUGAAGCGGCACCUCUCCACGCACCAGGGCCCCACGCUGUACCAGUGCCUGGAGUGCAGCAAGUCCUUCCACUACCGCAGCCAGCUGCAGAACCACAUGCUGAAGCACCAGAACGUCCGGCCCUUCGUCUGCACUGAGUGCGGGAUGGAGUUCAGCCAGAUCCACCACCUCAAGCAGCACUCCCUCACGCACAAGGGCGUGAAGGAGUUCAAGUGCGAGGUGUGCGGGCGGGAGUUCACCCUGCAGGCCAACAUGAAGCGGCACAUGCUGAUCCACACCAGCGUCCGUCCCUACCAGUGCCACAUCUGCUUCAAAACGUUUGUGCAGAAGCAGACGCUCAAGACCCACAUGAUUGUGCACUCACCGGUGAAGCCAUUCAAAUGCAAGGUCUGCGGGAAGUCCUUCAACCGCAUGUACAACCUGCUGGGCCACAUGCACCUGCACGCAGGGAGCAAGCCCUUCAAGUGUCCCUACUGCUCCAGCAAGUUCAACCUGAAGGGCAACCUGAGCCGGCACAUGAAGGUCAAGCACGGGGUGAUGGACAUCAGCCUGGACAGCCAAGAUCCCAUGAUGGACCUGGCCGGGGCUGACCAUGCUGAGCUGGACGGGCAGCAGGAGAUGGAUGACUUCGAGGAGGAGAACUCUUAUGGCUACGGGGGGGUGGGCAACCCUCCAGAUGAGCAUGCCCUGACCGAGCAGGCCAUGAAGGAGAUGGCGUACUACAACAUGUUGUAGCCGAGGCUGGAGGAGGCUGCCAGGGGCCUGUAUGGACUUUGCGUGGUAAGAGGAGCUGCUGCCGGCAGGCUGUGGCACCCAACCAGACCUGCACCACCACCCCUGGAGAAGGGGGGGCUCCAGUUGAGCUUGGUGAAGGAGAAAACAGGGAUGUCAAAAAACCUUUGCCAGGGCGAAGGCAGGAGCAGAGGCUGGAGGUGGCACAGGGCAGCGGUCGCUGCCUGCCACAGGCACACCGAACUGGUGCAGCAAGGGCUCAGCUGCAAGCUGCUGCCUGACCCUUGCAGAGCCCCAGUGGAGCUCUCUCCUUCACUGCAGUCCUUCCCCACCACCCCCAGAGGGAGCACCGGGCUGUGCACCAGCUGUCUGCAGCUCUCUUGCCCACUGCUGACCUCCCUUCGCUCUGCUUC